AUGAGUGCUCCUGAGUGCUGGCUUCACGGCAUUCACCUGCCUCCCUCGGCCUCGUGGCCGCGAGCGUUUCCAGGGGACUUUAAAGCCUGCUCGCCGGACUUCCUUACAGAAUCUGCAGAGCGAAGGUAUCGUUUGGAGAGGCUGCUCCAGCGUGCCGUCACAGGCCAGACACUUACUUCGAAGUCCAGAAGUAGCAGCCGCUGGUAUGGGAACUUCAGCGGCCUAAAGAAGCCGUCGGGGAAGUCAUCGCUCUGCAUGAAUAAAGAGGGACUCUUAUGGGAGGCCAACAACCACUCGGCCUUGCUGAUCCCAACGUUGCUUGCAGAUGUCAUGUUUGCGCCCGUCGACUCCAAGCUGAGCCCUCCUCUCUUACGAGCACCGGAGGCCACGCACAUCAUUUUGAUUGCUCCCCGUGCUACCGGUGGAGGAAGGCCAGUUGUUUGGCUGCUUUGUACGAUCGCCGACGACUGUUCCCUGGAUCACCUCAUCAUGCGUCUUAGCAUGCGGGGAGCUGUUCGAUGGGACUUUCGACAGUGCCUGCAUCUUGCAGGAGAUAGUUUCGGCCAGGGAUCCCACGGGACGAUUUUUGCAGGCAUGUCGCUGCUCCCUUUGCAUGAAGAGCACCGCAAGCUGAUCCCUGCGAAAGCGGAUGUGCUGAAUAUGAGCAAGGUCCACAACUUCGCACGGGUGGCCGUCAAGAUUUGGGACAAGCUAGACUCGGCGAUGGUUCGUCGGGAGGUGGGCUUCCUGCAACAGUCGGCGGGUCAUCCAAACAUCUCAGCCUUGUUGGGUGUUUACGCAGAGGUGCAGACGAAGUCCAGCGUGACAUGGCUCCUUGCGAUGGAGCACUGCACCGGCAGUGAUCUCUUCAACACCAUUAAGGCCAAGUGUUUGCCUUUGGGCUACAUUCUGGAAAUUCAAGCCGGCUUGUCAUCAGCGUUGGCACACCUGCACUGCUUGAACAUCGUCCACCGAGAUGUUAAAGCCGAGAACGUGGUCAUGCAGAAGGAUCGUGCCGUUCUCAUUGACUUUGGCAUUGCGGCGUACCGCAACGACAAGGAGGCCAUGUGCGCAGCCAUCGGAUCGCCCGGCUACGCGGCGCCGGAGAUCAUCUCUCCAAAAGAGGGCGGCUACGACGAGCUGGUGGACGUCUUCGCCCUAGGAGUUCUGAGCUACUUCAUGAUGUUUCGGGCUUUGCCCUUUUGGGGGAAGACCCAAGAUGAGACGCUGGAGAAGACACGGCUCUGUGAGGCAGAGAUUCCCGAGUUGCCGGGCUCUUGUGAAG